AUGGAGACAGUGGUCGAGACAGAGCCACCCAGUCUAAUAGAUGAGCUGCUCAGGGAGCAACGCGAGAGGCAUGCGAAAAAGCGAGAGAAGAAUGAAGAAAUUGCGCUUGAGCAAGGCUUUGCGUCCUACAGGGCAUACGUGCAACACAAAGGUCAGCGAGCACGGGAUGAACGAAAAGAUUUGGAGAAAAGGCUAGAAGUAGAAGCGGCAUCUCGAGGUAUAACAGUUAACCAGCUCAAGCGGGAGAAAUGUGGAACCAAGAACUACGGUCGACCCGUCGACAUUACCUCAGUCCUCGAUCGCGACCUCCUCGGACUUCCGCCCGAUGUAGUUGCGCGACCGUUCAAUGUUGAAACCCUUGAAGAUUAUCACUCACGCGACUUGCGAGGAUACAUCGAACUUUCCGGCUUCCUACAUCGUGUUGAGCUGGAUAACAUAUGCAUAGAAGACAAUUUGGAAUCUCAUAGGCUGAAUGAAACUAUGCUACAAAAACGAUGGGAAGACCUUUCUAAUGGGCCAAUAUCGAUCAUGCCGCCGUGGACAGAGAAUGACGCGGUAAUGCAGAAAAUCAUCAAAGUGGACUGGGAACGCAAACUCGCCGAAAUUCCAGAUUAUAGCCUGGAUCAUGCCAUGAUUGAGCAAAUGUAUACUCCAGAGCUCACCGAAUCUGUUUGGAGUCCGAUAAGUCAUGGCGACGACUCAGAGAUAGAAUAUCCUUCGCCGACUGUCAACGUCAAGAAGCGACGAAGAUCUUCACGCGAGAUAGGUACCUCGUCGUCAUUGCGAACAGUAUCUGGGCCUCUUCAUACCUCAAGGCCAACACAUGACACGUCAAAGAUGGAACGAUCGAGAUCGUGCCCGCCGCCGCCAAGGAUGUCAUCCACAAUGGAGGAGAUUGUUGAGAGCGGCGUUCCGGAGCCCAAUACGGAAGUGAGCCAGAGUUAUGGCACCGCUCAUUCCUCUCCCGCGCAUUUUCAGGUCGAUACGCCUGCUGCUGAUUCUUUUCCGGCAGGAAGUCAUGACCUGGGCGAGAAUACAUUUGAGCCACUGGCGAUGCCUGGAGCUUUCAUCAUUUCAACUCCCCGUGCCUUACAGUUGUACCAAACGGGUGGCCAACGCACAGAUAAUGGAGAAGAUAUCGGCGCAGCUCUGAAAGCUACCAUGAGCAGUAUGGCGGCGUAUGCUGCAGCUCCACUUGGGCGGUUAUGGUCCUCAUUUCCGAAUAUUUGGCCGAACAACAUAGACAUUGGAUCGAAACCCAAAGCAAGACAUGUCCCAGGAGAGUGGUCAGACGACUGA